AAUUAUCUCAGGAUAACGAAGGAAAAUCUCGUUUGUACUGUGUUUAUAAUCGUGUACAAACUAGCAUCCAAGGAUGGAAGAGAAAGCGAGCUCUGGAUCAACUUCGACGGCUGAGAACGCGUCGUCCAACGCGUCGCCCGCUAAGAAGGCUUCGAAAACGAAGUCGAAGAGUCAGCAACGUUCAUCGCAUCCUCCAACUUCGGAGAUGGUUAAUGCCGCCAUAAAAGAGCUGAAAGAUCGGAAAGGAUCGUCGCUGCAAGCUAUUAAGAAGUACAUCGCGACGACGUACAAGGUCGACGGCGAGAAGGUGGCGCCAUUUAUCAAGAGAUACCUGAAAACUGCCGUCACAUCUGGCGCAGUUGUUCAGACUAAAGGAAAGGGCGCAUCUGGUUCUUUCAAACUUUCUACUACGACUAAGGGUUCCGAGGUGAAGAGCAAACCCAAACGUACAGUUAAAAAACCACAACCUGCAGCUCAAAAGAAGCCUGUAGAACAAAAAGCUAGCCAAAAGAAGAUUGUAACUCCGAAGAAGCCAGCACCAGCUAAGAAAACUUCGCCUGUGGUUAAGAAAGCUGCUGCAGUAAAGAAAGUGAAGGUUACUCCAGCUAAGAAAGCCGAAUCGCCGAAGCAAAAGGCAGCACAAGUGAAAAAUUUGUCGAAGACGAAGAAAGCAACCAAAGCACCAGCUGCGAAAACGAGAGCACCGAAGCCAAAGACUGCCAAGUCAUCAAAGGCAGCGAAGGCGACCGCGAAGAAAUAAUCUUCGCCGAACGAUUAAUGCGAUACUAAUGGCCCUUUUCAGGGCCACAAAUUAUUCUACGAAUGAACAACCUCGAUUUUUACUUAAAAUGGUUUCGAUCGAAUCUUUAAUAAAAUCAAUAUUCACUCUUGCCACGAUGUAUGUAUAUUCGGUAAAAUAGAUUUAUAUACUAGAUACGUCUCUAUGGACAGCAAUACAUAAUUUAUAUGGUCUCUAGGUACAAUUUGCUAUGGUGUAUUCACAUCUACUUCACAGUUUAAUAUCGUUUCGUUAGUACAAUCAUAUUUUUCUAGUAGAAGCUAUACUACUUGAGACUGAACUCAAUACUUUUCGUCGUAACUUUACAACGUAAAAGUUUUAUUGUUACACAAGCUUGGAAACAUGAAUUCUCAUAGUUCAUCAAUGAUUUAAUGAUGACGAUUAUUUCGACAAUAAAAUAGUUCCUAUACGAGUGGAGUUGAACGAUUGUCCGCCAAAGGAUAUAUACAACAGAGUUUAUGUACUAAUGAACAUACAUUUGUAUGUAGUUUUACUCUAAGUUGCAAAACGAUAAUAUUUGCAUAAACAUUAAAAUUUAUGAUGAUUUAUAAGCGUGGUGCUUUGAUCGCGUAACGUAAUUGUAAUUUUUCAAAGAUAAGUAUCAUAAUGAACAAUUCACAUCGCGUUAAAUUAUGUUACAUAUAUACGUACGUAAUCACUAAAGAUGAAUACUUAAGAGGGAAAUGCCCCAACCGUGUAAU